AAGAAGCGCUAUAAUUCCAAAGAAAAUCAGUCGAAUAAUAAACAUCUAGGUGGGUUUGGGGGUAGUAUAAGUAGGAAUCGUUGUUUUGGGAAUAAAAAAUGGCUAUGAAUUGGGAAAGUGUGGCCUACUUACCAUUUUUGUGACAAAUAAUUGAACAGUACCUAUUUCGUUGGUAUUAUUCCAAUCUCACCAUUCUCUUUCGCCCUUUUGUUUGGGUGCAAUAAAAACCCUUCCGGCAUGCUAACUUGAACUGUCUUUUCAUUUGAUGAUCCGUUUAAAAUUACCUCUCAGUUUAUUUUUUGACAGCCGUUUUUUUUAUUCGCAGAUAGAUUCAAUGCGCAACAUUUCAGUUUUACUAGCAAAACCCAACCUUUUUUUAAUCCGAUAAAUUAUUUACAUACUUGUAGCGGAAAAAUGUUGAACUAUUCUUGCCUUUUUGUAGAGUAAUUUAUCAGAAAUUUUGUCAAUUACUUAUUUCUAGUAAUUUUAUACACUUCUCAAAUUCUGAAUCACUCAUUACUUUUUAAGUUUUGUUUCGACGAAAGUGCUAUAUGACUCUUCAUGUCAACUAUCGGGUCAAAACUGAAAUACGUCAAAACAGUCUUUACCCCAGAAGUGUAAAAUUUCUUCAUUUCUACAAAGUAAAUUAAACACUUUCACGGGUUGGCAGAUUUUCUUCAUUUCUUCAUAGUAAAAUUAAACAUAAUAAUAAGUUGCAAGAAUAUAUCUGCGUUAAUAAUGCAUUGAAAAAUCGAAUAACUCGAGGCACUUUGGUGGAAAAAAAAACAAUAUUUAUGCCUGAUUAAUCCGUGGUCAAGGUAUGCGGCUCUUUUCGUCACCUAAAGCAGAAACACACACAAACCAGGCGCACUUUUAUAUUUAUAACGUAUCUUUAUUGAGCGAUAAAUUGAACCCAACUUCAGCAAAAACAGCCAAGAACGGUGCUAUAGCGCCAGGUAUUACCAUUUACAUCUGUCAUCAAACAGAAGAAUAUUACAACAAUUUCUCCCUAUUAUUUAUUCAGUUACUUUCCCCUAUUGAUCUUGUGCUUCUGAUGGAUUUCAUACAUUCUGCUUUUUCAACUUAAUUAUAAUGCAACAUUUAGAACUUAAGCCUUGCUGUAUGCUGAUCAGCUUCAAGUAACUAAAAUUGAAACAUAGAGCAUUUAUUGCUUCAUAGAUGAUAUCAGAGUAAAACUUACGUCUAGUUCAAAUGAUAAAUAAUUCUGAAAAUAAUCGCCAUUGAUUUAUCUUUUUUUCCCCAAAAUUUCAACAAAGUGAAGCUUGAAUCUCGUUUAAAACAUUUACCAUGUUAUCCCGUCGUACAACCAAUGCGUGUUUCGGCAUGUCGAUAGGGAGCGUUGCCGAAUCGGACAUCUCUCGUGGGACUUCAGUGAAAAAAAAACACGACACGAAUAUCGACGAGCGAAUUGUGAUCAAUGUCGGCGGAAUCAAACACGAAACUUAUAGAAGUACUCUGCAUACAAUUCCUGACACAAGACUGUAUUGGUUAUGCGAAAAUCCACUCAAGAACUGUGUCGAGUAUGACGCAGACCAGCGCUUCUUUUUUUUCGAUAGACAUCCAGGAGCAUUUGAGCAAAUCAUCAACUUCUACAGGACAGGUAAACUUCACUGUCCAAUGGACAUUUGUGGGCCCAUGUUUGAAGAGGAGCUGACCUUCUGGGGCAUAGAUGAGAGACAGAUAGAGCCAUGCUGCUGGAGCAACUACACUCGACACAGGGACGCCAGGGCCACCAUAGCCGCAUUCGAGGGCAAGGACCACUUGAGUUCGUCGGAGCAGAGUGACUCGGACGUGGCUGAGAAGUUCGGCAUAGCGGAGGAGAAGAAGGCGGAGAAGAGCUGGUGGAAAAGUGUGCAGCCUCAAAUGUGGACUCUGUUAGAUGACCCCUACUCGUCACCGCACGCAAAGGUGCUCACAGGUGUGACCAUGGCCCUGAUCAUUCUGUCUAUAGUGGGCUUCUGUCUCGAGACACACCCCUAUGUCAGAUCACUCACAUUCAACAUAUUUCCCCACACGAAUUCAAUUCCCGCAAAUACUACUGAAAAUUCUUUCACAUCCUUAGAGCCGCCAAUAGCCUCAACUCUUUUUCCAUCAGACAACCCUCUAGACUCGUUUCAAAACAAUACUGACAAAAUUUUGCAGCAUCUGCUGCCCUUAUCAAGUGAUGGCGUUAACAGUGACCAAAUAUUAGUUCGUAUGUCUUCCAUUCUGACCAUAAAUGACCAUAUAUGCUCUGUAUGGUUUUCGAUCGAGUUGCUGUUCCGUAUUGUGUUUUGUCCGAACAAGAGGCAGUUUCUGAGGACGUGGCUGAACAUUGUGGAUCUUCUGGCUGUGAUUCCUUUCUACAUUCAAACUGUGUUCCAUUUGCUCUCCAUUGACAAGUCACAAAAUUUUCUCAGGUUUAUUGAAAUCACGAAGAUUCUGCGUAUCAUGCGGGUGUUCAAACUAGUGAGACACUUCAUAGGACUGAAGGUGCUAGUUCACACCAUCAGAGCCAGUGAACUCCUUCUGCUGAUCGUGUUUCUGGUCAUGGGGGUGAUAGUAUUCUCCAGCUUGAUGUUCUACGCCGAAACAUUCGGUCAUAUGACCUCUGACGUGCCCCCACCCAAUGAGUUUGACACCAUCCCAGCUGGGUUCUGGUGGGCACUGGUCACCAUGACAACCAUCGGUUACGGAGACAGUGUGCCCAAGACUUGGAGUGGUCGCAUCAUUGGUGCAUUGUGUGCAAUCAGUGGAGUGCUCACAAUCGCACUGCCAGUUCCAGUGAUCGUGAACAAUUUCACUCUCUAUUACAACCAUGCUCAAGCACGAAUCAAGUUACCCAAGAAGAAGAAAGCUAUAAAGUUGGCAGCCGCAGCGCCUGCAUUUAAGAGUCUGAAACACUUGGCCUUGUUGACCACAACAAGUCCCGAGUCGGAUGCGGAGUUGAACCGAAUGGCGUCUCCCGACAACAGUGAUUCGGAUGAUGACAAAAGGAGAGGACUGCAGAUGGGACGAGCAUCACCACGUGACCAAUCUCCGAAUUACUCGAGAAUUCAAGUGAAGAGUUACAACAACAACAAUUGCAUUUCACAAUCAAACGAACAAGUAGGACCGACGCAAAACAAACCGAUAUCACCCCCAAUUAUCCCCAUACACGACCAUCAAAGCCUGGACGAGCUGCUCUUCGGAGACCACAGUCCACUGCAGAGCAAUAAAACGGCAGACUCAAAGGGCCACGAAAUGUCCACGAAUAGUAGUCAAUCGAACCCUUCUUUGGGUAAAUUUUCAAGACAGAAAAGUGAGAGUAAGAAGAAACGUUUCACUGAUAUAAAUAGGCGGUACUCCUUACACCAGGCAAACAGUUCCACGGGGGAGCAGGGGGUUCACCGAAAAAAUAGGAGUGAAAAAAGAGCAGGGAAUGCUGAUGGAAAUAGGGGCAUGUCAAAGUCCACUUCUUUCACCUGUGCGACCGUCAACGAAACAGAUAGUGCUGAGCAACCUCGUCAAAAGCACAACUGGAGCAGGAAAAAGUUACACCAGAUGAGCUCAAUUUACCUCUCCUCGGGAAGUGACGGAGAGCGCGACGUCAGCAUUACCCCCGCGAGACCAAGACGCAAGAGCGGAGUAGUCGGAGACCACUCGGCAACAGACAAACACAUAUCAGGGUCAUCAUUCAAAAAUAAAUCGGGUUCUGAAAAAAAGAAACUGAAAAAAGGAUUAGAAUCUGAGCUCAGUGAAGGAUCGGCUACUGAGUUGAUGUACACACACAGAAGCCCACUGCAAAACAGCAGCAGCUGUAGAGAGACAAACUCCAAUGAGCGCAAUGCCAUUAGACGUUCAAGGACCCUGUCCAAAUCGAGCACCUCAGCCAGAAUUGAGAUGCCAAAUGAUGUUCCAAUGAUUCCCCGUAGUUCUCAUACAAGCAAAGGAGGAGACGCGAAAGAUGCACUGGGAUAUAAUGACAGCUUUAGGAAUAGAACUGAAAUAUCACAACCUCAAACAAGUACCAAAUAUCCCCAACUGAGUGCAAGUUUGAACUCACAUCACUUUAACACUCAAUUUCGAGACGAACGUGAACGAACGGGGAGCUUCUCGGGAAUCGAACGACAGCCGCCGCGCAAAGGAUCCCCAUGGUUACUGCAGCGACAGACAUCAUACUCGGAAGUGGACACGAGAAGCCGACGUCGCAAUUCAUUCGUGCCCUCCACGCUUCCAUUUCUGAGCGGGGGAGGGGCAGGAUUUGAUUAUUUCAAGCGUGACAGACUGCGGAGUGCCAUGCCUCGACUUGGUCAGUUUGACAGCGUGAAAGAAACCGCACACGAUUCCAUCCAGGAGUGAGCAGUCAAUGAGCAACCUCAUCAAAUCAGGCGACGACAGCCGAAAAGACAUCUACGAUACAGCACGAGCCAAUAAUUGAUUAAUUGAAACUCGACACUACAACUGAUAUGAGUAGUUAGCGUAAUUUCUUAUUAUUAAUCCAAAUCAAAAUGCUGCAAACUUUUCUUAAA